AUGUGGGAACUUAGGUCUGCCUCCUUUUGGAGGGCCAUAUUUGCUGAGUUCUUUGCUACCCUCUUCUAUGUCUUUUUCGGGCUGGGAGCCUCGCUGCGUUGGGCCCCCGGACCCCUACAUGUCCUGCAAGUGGCUUUGGCCUUUGGCCUGGCCCUGGCCACACUGGUGCAGACUGUGGGUCACAUCAGUGGAGCCCAUGUCAACCCUGCGGUCACUUUUGCCUUUCUUGUGGGCUCCCAGAUGUCCUUGCUCCGUGCUUUCUGCUAUAUAGCAGCCCAGCUUCUGGGAGCUGUGGCUGGAGCGGCUGUGCUGUACAGUGUCACCCCACCAGCUGUCCGAGGAAACCUAGCACUCAACACGCUGCAUGCUGGGGUAAGCGUGGGCCAGGCCACCACUGUGGAGAUCUUCCUGACGCUCCAGUUCGUGCUCUGCAUCUUUGCUACGUAUGACGAGAGGCGGAAUGGCCGCAUGGGCUCUGUGGCCCUGGCUGUUGGCUUCUCCCUCACCCUGGGGCACCUCUUUGGGAUGUAUUACACUGGCGCGGGGAUGAAUCCCGCCCGCUCCUUUGCUCCUGCUAUCCUCACCCGGAACUUCAGCAACCACUGGGUGUACUGGGUGGGCCCAAUCAUCGGCGGGGGCCUGGGCAGCCUGCUCUACGACUUUCUCCUCUUCCCACGGCUCAAGAGUGUUUCUGAGAGACUGUCUAUCCUCAAGGGAGCCAGACCCAGUGACUCCAAUGGACAGCCAGAGGGUACAGGGGAACCUGUGGAACUGAAGACUCAGGCCCUGUAAAAGCUGCA